CGGAUGCUGUGUUCGCUUUUCUAGUUUUCUUCUAUUAGCGAGCGGGAGGAAUCUCUUUGAACAUCUAACAGUUUCUCACUCUUGAUAAGUUUAAAUGCAAACCCUAAUUCAAAAACCUUCUUUUACAGAACUUCUAAGUCGUUCAUGGAGGAAAGUUGCGAGUCUUCGAGCCUAUUCUAAAAUAGAUUAUCCUAACCAAUCACGCGGUGGUCUUCCUCGUUUUCACUCUGAAGUUCUUCCUCCUUCCAGGGGCAAUGUUGUUCGAGUACAAGGAGAAGAGUUUUGGCAUAUGACGAAGGUAUUGCGUUUGAAGGUCGAUGAUAAGGUAGAGCUUUUCAAUGGGUUUGGAGCUGUCAUUGAGGGUUGCAUACAGAAGAUAGACAAAACUGGUGCUGAUUUCAUGGCUCUAGAAGAUCCAAAAAUAGUUCUUGCCAAGAACACACAAUGGCAUGUGUUUGCAGCGUUUGGUACAUUAAAGGGUGGCCGAGCAGACUGGUUAGUUGAAAAGUGCACUGAACUGGGAGCUAGUAGCUUAACGCCUCUACUAACCGAGCGCUCUCCUUCAAUCUCAGAAAACAGGGUGGAUAGAUUGCAAAGGGUGAUUCUAGCCGCGGUUAAACAAUGUCAACGAUUGAAUGAAAUGACUCUGAAGCCUCCAGCAAAAGUUGCCAACAUUUUGCCUAGUAUUGCCCAGUCAAAGUUAUCUCUUCUGGCAGCUGCUGAAGCAACAUCUCUUGUUAGUACCUUAUCGAAUAAGCAGGUCGCCGCCAGCGGGAUGAUAAUUGUUGGACCAGAAGGGGAUUUCACCGAAAAAGAGGUGAAGAUGAUGACUGAAGCAGGUGCUAUCCCUGUUGGUCUUGGUCCACAUCGUCUGCGGGUUGAAACUGCGACAAUGGCACUUCUGGCAACUGUGAUGUUAUGGUCUGACUCGCAACAGCCAGUGGAUUCUUAACACCCCCCUCGUAGUUACACCAGUGUAUGAUAUCUUAUAAACCUUUUUACCUUUUUACCUUUUUUCUCACCUUUCAUCCUUAGUGAUUUCGUAAAGGAUGAACUAAGUUGUUGUACAAGUUUGAAUUCACUAUGGAAUUAAGGGUGAAUCUAGAUCAUUUUCUUCA